AUGUUCAACCUCACGGCUAGCUUCGACCCAGCCAUCCUCUCGCAGCUCAACUUUGCGGACCAGUCGAAUCUGCAAGGGCUCAUGAUAGGCGGGUUCACGGCGCUGCUGACGAUGGUCAUCAUUGUCGUGUUGCUGAGGCUCUAUGUUCGUGUUUGGAUGGCGAGGGAUGUCAAGGCAGACGACUAUUUGAUAUUUGCCGCUGCACUUUUCAACGCGGCGACAUUUGCCGUGUCAAUGUCAGCCGUGCAUCAUGGCUUUGGAAAACACGUAUGGAAGCUGGCCAGGACGCCCACCGAGAUGCUCGAAGCCUUUGCCAAGGUCUACCCCCUGAGCAUACCGUUCGCGGUGCUCUUCAAGAUGAGCUUCAUCCUGACCAAGCUCUCCAUCGUGGUGGCGCUGCUGCGGGUGUUUGGGACGGACCCGCUGCUGCGCAACGUCAUGAUAACCACGGCCGUCGUGUCCACGGCCGCCACCUUCUCCGUCAUGAUGAUCUACAUCUUUCAGUGCUCGCCCGUCCAGGCCGGCUGGGACCUACACCUGGUCUUUGACGCGAGGUGCUUCAGCAUCGUUACGCUGUCACAGGCGGGGAGCUGGGUCAUCAUCGUCACCGAUCUCAUCUUUUGCUUCUUUCCCAUGCCGUACCUGUGGCGCCUCAACCUGGCGCUCAAGAAGCGCAUCAUCUUGAUUGGUAUUUUUGCCAUUGGUCUCGUGGCUUGCGCCGCCACCGUGAUGCGCUUCCUGGCCUCGACCAACAAACUACUCGUCGACACAACCUACGAGGGAUCCAAAGCCCUAGGCUGGAGCUACCUCGAAUGCAGCCUCGGCAUAAUCUGCGCGUCGGUGCCCAGCCUGGCGCCGCUGCUCAACUGGGCCGAGAGCCGCCGCCGCCGCCUCAGCGACCCGGAGCGCCGCGCCGCCGCCGCCAACAAGCCCCGCACGCGCAAGGCCCAGUCGGACCAGCAGCAGCGCCAGGGCUGCGGCGACGGGCUCGACGACGUCACCUACGCGGGCGACACGUUUGUCGACUCGAGGGACGACGACGACUACGAGCGCGGCGACGCCGCCGUCGGAGAGGACAAGGUCGACGCGCUGGAGAAGAUUGCGCCGCUGGGCUCCGAGGGCGGGUCGGUGGACGGGGCUGACGAUGUGGAAAAGAGAAGGAGCAGGAUCGGCGUGGCGGAUGGGGGGUUGUCGCCGCCGCCGGGCGGGGCGUGA